AUGGCCUCUCCGCCGGCCAGCUUCCCGCAAUUCUCCAAAUUGCCAUUGGAAUUGCGGGAUAUGAUAUGGGGAUAUGCUCUUCCUGAACCAAGAGUGUUCGAGGUCCUCGAUUCUCCGUCUACACACCAAUCCCAAUCCUCGCCCUCGGGCCGUUUAAUGUUUGCGGAUGUCCGCAACGAGCCGCCGCCCUCCAUAGCGCGAGUCUGCCGUGACGCUCGACAAGCCGUCCUGCGUCGCUAUAAACCGAUUGCUUUUUCCGGGACGGUCAAGCACCUAGAUCUCCGGCGAGACAUCAUCUUACUCGAUUCCUAUUUACAGGUGAAAAGGCUACUAAAGGUGAUACGACUCCUAAGCCAGAUCGAACCCAUCCGACGCAGCGCGACCAGGUUGGCCCUCGGUACGAGUUGGGGUCUGCAUACGGGGCUGCACUUACGCAUGUUCCACCGGAGCGUCCAGACGAAACGAAACAUGGCGAGGUUCCUGGAGUACGUGUCCAAGUUCCGGCAGCUCGAGACGAUUAUCUUGGUAGUGUACCAGCGAUCGGCUUUCGGACUCCGGUUUAAGUGUUGCAGCCCCGCUCCGCUUGGGCCGGUGCCGGAUCACCGUUAUCAUCAACCUCACCAUCAACAUCACUAUCACAAUCAGCAUCAUUCGCACCAUCAACAAUAUCACCAAAAUCAACACCAUAUUCACGGUCAGAGUCAGGGCCAGAGGAAUGCGAAUAUGCUCCCGUGGCGUCACUACGAUCUGUACGAGUCGUAUCACUUUAACUUCAACGUCAACUUUAAUUUCGACAACUACUGGCUGCGCCGCCCGUAUCAAAGCAGGCUCGUGCGGUACGAACCGGAAGAUGACAGGGAAAAGGCGCAGCCUUCACAAUCGGCACAAUCGGCAUCACCAUUAUCGGCGUUUGCGAGACAUUCGAAACAGUGCGCGCACGAUCCCCAACCAAGAGGCUAUCAGGUGCAUGAUUUGAAAGGAACGUUCGAGAGUUGGCUGAAGAAGCUUCAGGAUGACGAGACGAUAGGCCCCGGGCUCAGGGUGCCAGCUCUCGAGACGGCGACGCUAACGUGGAUUUAUACGGGCUCGCACCAGAUUCACAUUAUGGGUUUAGCAGGCACUCAGGAGGAUGAAGUCCAAUACUGGCGUCUACAUUUUUCGCGUGCCAGAGCGUCGCCUUUCGUCGACAAUCCCCCUACAAAACUCGCAUACGCAGACAACAAUUGUGCGAUGUCCCUCUACUAUCUCAGUUUAGAUAGUAUUUGGCUUGACGGAGUCUCGCCGCUCUCGCUGUAUCUUCCGCCAUAUGAAGGUGGUAGUACGAGUCCUCGUAAACCUUCCUACGGCUAA